GCUUAUGCCUCCGUCUCUCUCUUUCCCUCGCCCUCGUAGUCUUUUCCUUCUAUGCAUCCCACGAGUUUCACGCCCUUCUCUGCACUCCAACCGGAGAUUGCAGACAUGCAAUUCCGUACUGAAAUCUUUCGAUAUCCCCAUAAAUACCCUGAUCGGAGGGAGUGUGUUGGCUCUACUGUGGGGACUCGCAGAGGGAGAUUAAGCCGCCAUGGCGUCGAUGCACGGCCCUCCCGAGGUCGCCAUGGAGCUCCACGCCCUGAAUCGGGCGAAGCUCGUCCAUUCCUUUCGCCAGAAGCUGAAGGCCUGCUCCCGCUCGCUCUAUGGUUUUAUCCUCCUUCAGGGAGGGACGGAGCAAACUCGGUACUGUUCUGAUCAUGUUAUCCUUUUCAGGCAGGAAAGCUAUUUUGCGUAUCUCUUUGGAGUGAGGGAACCUGGUUUUUAUGGAGCUAUCGAUGUCUCGACUGGAAAAUCCUUUCUUUUCGCUCCACGGUUGACGGAUGAGUAUGCUGUUUGGCUGGGGAAGAUAAAACCUUUAUCUGCUUAUAAGGAAAGAUAUAUGGUAAGCUCAGUGUGCUAUGCUGAUGAAAUUGGUCCAGUAUUGAAAAAUCAUUAUCGAGGACCUGACAAACCAAUGCUAUAUCUUUUGUAUGGGUUGAACACUGAUAGCAAUCAGUUUUCAAAGCCUGCAGAAUUUGAGGGUAUUGUGAAUUUUCAGACUGAUCUGGACACACUGCACCCUAUUCUCUCAGAAGGUCGUGUUUUUAAAUCUGAGUUAGAACUCAGUCUCAUUAAAUAUGCAAAUGAAAUAAGCUCCACAGCGCAUAUAGAGGUUAUGCAAAAGACUAAAGUGGGGUUGAAGGAAUACCAGCUGGAAAUGAUCUUUCUUCAUCAUAUCUAUAUGCAUGGUGGUUGUAGACAUUGUGCCUACACUUGUAUAUGUGCUACAGGGGAAAACAGUGCAAUCAUUCACUAUGGACAUGCUGCUGCUCCAAAUGAUCGGACAAUAGAAGAUGGUGAUAUGGCGUUGAUGGAUAUGGGUGCAGAAUACCAUUUUUAUGCUUCUGAUAUUUCAUGUUCCUUCCCUGUAAAUGGGAAAUUUACUGAUGAUCAGAAGCUGAUCUACAAUGCUGUCUUGAAGGCACACGAUGCAGUUAUAUCUGUCUUGAAGCCUGGGUUAAACUUGAUUGACAUGCACAAAUUGGCAGAGAAGCAGAUUUUAGAGGCUCUUAAAGCUGGGAGUGUUCUUACUGGUGAAGUUGAUGAUAUGAUGGAAGCAAGGUUGGGCGCUAUCUUUAUGCCUCAUGGUGUGGGACAUUUUCUUGGCAUUGAUGCACAUGAUCCUGGAGGUUAUCCAAAGGGGACAGAGAGGCCAACUGAACCAGGAUUAAAGGCAUUGCGGGCAACUAGAGAACUCAAAGAAGGGAUGGUUAUAGCAUUACAGCCAGGGUGUUACUUUAAUGAUGCUCUUCUCAACCCAGCUUUACAAAAACCAGACCAGUCAAAAUUUUUCAAUCAAGAUGUGAUUGCUCGAUUUAAAAAAUUUGGUGGUGUUCGCAUCGAAAGUAAUGUGCACAUCACGUCAAAUGGAUGUGAGAAUUUCACAGAUGUUCCAAGGCAGACUUGGGAAAUAGAGGCAGUAAUGGCAGGUUCAUCUUGGCCUCUAGAUAGUGAAACAAUUCAGAAAUACCAGAGUAAUGUAGAAGUGAACACUUCUGCUUCAGCUGAAACUAAUGCAGCAACAGAUUUAACAGAGACUACUGAAAAUGGUGCCAAUAAUUCGUCGGCAACAACCACCGAGGAUGGUGCCAGUAGUUCGUUGGCAACAGCCACUGGAAAUGGUACCACAAUUUCGUCGGCAACAGCCACUGCCGUGGACUCAGCUCAGCAAAGUGCCUUGACCACUUGAAAUGGUCACUUGCUCCAAAGGCCAGGUCCUAUGGGGCUCAGCACUUUUCAGAAACAAGAUUUCAACCAGCAGAGUCAUUUGGAUGUCCUAGCAGAGACAUGUUCCAAUCAAAAUGCCUGGAGUAUCAGUAUGUUGAUUUUGCUAGACUGUUGGAAGAGGAAAAAAAAUUGUUAUCUUGCAUAGGAAGCACCUCGUUUGUAAGGUCCUAAAGGGGUUGGGUCAAGGGUUUUCCUUUCAGGGCUGAACUAAAAUCAGACAGUCUUUACUUAGGUUGUCUGAAUCCGAUCUGUUUACACACCUACUGCUUGUGUUGUAAGCUUGAUCCAUGUAUCAUUUGUAAGGGUGUUAGCAGAAAUUUGGAGUUUGCGUA